CCAUGUGAUGCAACAGGAUUUUCGUGGAAAAUCCCACUGGAGGAUUAUUGGAGCAGGACUUUUUUCGACCAUUGUGUCGUUCCCCAGACACUCUUACUUUGGUUUGCGAGAGGUUGACGAUUUUAAUCAUGUCAUUCCACAUACCACCGCCACGGCUUCACUGGAAGAAAUCCUCAGUGAAGGUAUGUGCUCGUACCAUACUAUCCACUGUAUCCAUUGAAACUACCCGCAUCUAUCCUCCGGAGCCCGUGUAAGAAGGACAAUGUCCCUGAUGCCCCACUUCGACGUAACUUCACCAAUGUGUACCUUAAACCGUUUCGUGAGAUCAUCAGAUGGCUGCCGGAAGUCAUGCCACGAUGGGGGAAGUCACGUAUUGCGGAUUAAAAUCCUGGUGUCCAUCGGAAGAUGCCGCUUAUCAAGCAAAUUUGCUACGGCAUACUGUACGAGAUACUUGUAUGCACACCCCCGACCUCGAAUUUCCUGGGCAUCGAUGCGCCAACGACUCAUGCACGUACUCCCUCUUGUUUCUGAUUGCGGAGCUCAUGACAAUGCUGCACUCACUCCAGUCUCCUUCACUUCUCUCUCAGAGACGACACAGAUUAUCGCGUUAGCAUCGGUAUCAUCGGUGUGUGGCCCGUUUCGUUUUGGAACAGCAUCGCCGCGAUGGGCAAUUGGAGAUCAUGGUAUUGAGCUUGCGCGGCCCAUUUUUGACGUCGGUGAUGAUUGAUUACAUUGUAAUACAGGUGAAUUGGUAAAGCAAUGCUGUACGGGUGCGUACUCAUCCUCAGAUCCAUCGAUGAAAGCUUCUAUUACAGGGAAUAUUGCCCCAGACUCGU